CCUCACUGAGUGCUCAAAUAGCCGCGUCUGCCCCCGUGCUCGUGCUCCACCUCCACUGUAUUGGUUUACCUGGCAAGACAGCCUCUCUACAGCUAUUUGAUAUACGGCACUGACACAAGACGCACACAUUAAUAUGGUUGGCCUAAAGCGGUCGAAGUCAUCCUGGAAAUAAUUCACAAUUGGGUUUAACUUCCGACAAGGCGUAGAAAGACUUCGAUAACAGUCUAGAAGGGACUUUUGAAAACUUUUGGUUGUUUUUUGUUGCCCGUACUGGUAUUCCCUGGGUUAUUUCGGCGGUAGUUGUUUGGCGGGGCUUUCCACUCUGCCUAAACCGUGUCGUUACCAGGCAUGGCUAUGGACAGAGAGAGUCUGUGUUCUCUUUUUGACGCUUGUGAUGCGGAUAAUUCUGGAAAAAUUGAAAAAGACGAGUUCAUCAAAAUCUGCUCAGAGCUCAAUGUCCCACCGUCAGAGAGAGAACACAUAUUUUCUAAACUGGACAUUGACCGAGACGGGACAAUCGAUCUAGCGGACUUCAUUAGCGGCUUCCACGGGAUCUCGGAGCAAGUGUUUGAAGGGGAAACCGAUAGCGAUACUUGGGAAGUUUCAUCUCAGGCCUGGGAAGAUUUCCAAACCCGGCUUGGCGACCAUGCCAAGUUCAUACCCAGAAGGGAGCAGGCUGCCACGCUGUACCAGAACAUCCAUUUGACGGAGCCCAGGAUGGUUUCUCAGUAUGAAAGAGUCAUCAUGAGCUUCACCAGUGAGAUCAAACAGCACAACGCUGAGAUAGAGAACCUGGCCCUGGCUGUGAAACGAGCCCAGGACAAGGCCGCCAUGCAGCUCAGUGAGAUGGAAGAAGAGAUGGAAACACGGAUCCGUGCAGCUGAGAACAAAACACGCCAACAGGAGGCCAAGCGGGCCGAGGCUGCUCUGAGCGAACUGAAGAGACACUAUGAGUCGGAGGUGUGUGAGUUGCAGCACAAGAUCCAGAAGAUGAAGUUGAUUGAAGAACAGUACAACAACAUCAACAUGAAAGAUGAGUCCUCAACACUGAAGAGGAAGAUCAACGAGAUGACUCUGGUGAGAUGGGUCUCCCAGGAGAACCAGCGGUUAAAGCAGGAGCUGAUGCAGUCUCACACCAACAUAGCCUUCCUGCAGAGUGAACUGGACUCUUUGAAGAGCGACCUGACGGACCACAGCAUCAACUUAGAGCGGGACGAGGCAAUGAUGAGAGGGUUUUCUGAGGAGAGGGAAAACCUGGAGCGACAGAUAAAGGUUUUACUGACGGCUAACAGGAAGCUCCAUGACAGUAAUGACGGGCUGCGCAGCUCCCUGGAGAACACCCACAGUAAGAGCAACAAGCGUUGCAACAGUGCUUCCCCAGUCAGCUCCCUCAGCAGAAGAAAGAGCAUCUGCUACUCAACUCCAUACUUCGAAAGGUUCUACCAGGCCGGUGCGGAUGAGGAUGGCGAUCCACUGAGGGCCCUGUGUGGUGUUGGUGGCUCUCUGCAUCGUCGGAGGGCCAGCCUUGACACCCUAGCCCUGGCCCUGUGUGACCCGGCUAUGCAGGGCAGCUUUGAGGUAGACAGCCUGCCCGAGAGCUGCCUAGACAGUGGCAUGUCCACGUUGCGUGGCUCCCACAAUGGAUACGACUCUGAGCAGGAGGUUAAAGGGCAUGAGGACGAGGAGGAGGAGGAGGAACAAAAGGCGGCCAUGAACACUGACUGCCUGGGUGCAGAGAUGCGGGAUGAGAUGGGAUCAGACAGUGGUUCGGUCCAGGACUGGAAACCCUCCGAACCGGUCAGCCAACCCAGCUCCACGCGGAAAGCCCUCUCCGCCAUCACCACAGAGGUUAAGGAGGAGUCAGCUGACCUGAGCAGUGUGACGUCAGAAAAGGCCUAUCGGGUGGUGUUGGCAGGAGACGCAGCAGUGGGCAAGUCCAGCUUCCUGCUACGCCUGUGCAAAAACGAGUUCCGUGGGACAACCAGCGCCACACUGGGGGUGGACUUUCAGAUGAAGACCCUGGUGGUGGACGGAGAACUCACUGUACUACAACUAUGGGACACGGCAGGCCAAGAGAGAUUCCGGAGCAUUGCUAAGUCCUACUUCAGACGGGCAGAUGGCGUCCUCCUGCUCUAUGACGUGACCUGUGAAAAGAGCUUCCUCAACGUGCGAGAGUGGGUGGACCUGAUCCAGGAUGUGUCCCAGGAGCACAUUCCCAUCAUGCUGGUGGGAAAUAAGUGUGACCUGAGACAGGAGGCUCUGCAGAACGGGACCUCCUGCAUCCCCACCAGUUACGGAGAGAAGCUGUCCAUGUCGUAUAGCGCCCUCUUCUGUGAGACCAGCGCCAAGGACGGAUCUAAUGUCAUAGAAGCUGUGCUGCACCUAGCCAGAAAGGUGACCAAGCAGGCCCAUAUAGGUAAGAACAAGGAGACUGUGACGAACCUCCACAAAGGUCCCAACAAGAAGAUGUCUGGUGCCACCUGCUGCGCAUGAAGAAUGAGUCAAACAGGAAGCCCACUGGGGUAACCAGGCAACAGAAGACCACACAGCUAGAAAACAGUGUUCUACAGCGGACCAGGAAAACCAUGCCACUUCUGGAAUGCCACAGCAGUGGAACAGCAGGUCCGCUGGUUCUCUUAUGACAUCAACAGCCCUUGUUAUAAUGCUACAAAAGCACUCAUGUUGAGUUGUUUCUAAGACUGUUAGUGUUUUCGUGUUAUGCAUGUGUUUUUGUGCCUAAGUGUUGACUGCUUCUGUUUUAACUCGGUAUGAUGAAGCACUCUCUGAAUGGUCCCCAAGAACCAAACAUUCCUGUUAACAGGCAAAAUAGAAAGACAGUGCCUGUGACUUCCACAUUUGGAUGUUAACAAAGAGACAUGCCAUCUUGAAGGGUAGCAGAUAGCCUAGCAGUCAAGGUUUCUGACAAAUUUUCUUUUUAAAAGGCUUCGAUAUUGUAUCACAGAGCCGAAAAGGAAAAAAAACAUAAUGUUUUGCCUUUAAGCAAGACAAUUUACUUCACUUAUUUACAGAUCCUGGGAGCAUGGGCUGUGACCCCACACUCUCAGGGUCAUCAGAGAGAGUGGGAUUGAAACUCACACUAAUAUAGUACAUAAUAUUACACUCUGGGAAAAAAAGGUUAUGUCAGAGGUAUGUAACAUAAUGUUCCAAACAAUGGGAACCGUUUUCUUCAACAAGAGGGAAACGGUCUCUGCUGAUAAUUAUUUUUUUAUUAGUAUAUUACAUUAUUUUAAAUCUUUCUUCUAAUAUUCCCAAUUAGGGAUGACACUUUCAGUCGGGUUUGAGAUGAUGUGCUAGCCUCUUGAGUAUGCACAGCCUUGAGUUUCGAGAGACAACUGACCACAAGAAGUGGCUUUUCUCAAGAGUUGCUGGGUGGUCACCUUCCCUAAGUACAUCAGUUCACCCAUAACAAUCUAAGCAUGAAACAACUGUUGAUUUAAUCAAGUCAGCCUCACUAUGCAAGUAAGCCUUUGCAUUUUCUGUUGGACACUCACUGAUGUCCGAAGGCCCCUGCCUCUGUUUGGACUGGCUACACUCGCAGAGAGACACAUACAGUGUACAUGUGUUGGGUAGAGGCCACAGAGGUCCAAGCAGAGUUGAGGAAUGGUUUUUAUACGGAAGAUGGAAGAUGCCGGUUUACCACUGAAGUGGCCGGUGUAGAUGAAGGACCUACAGUUAAUUUAACAUCGACAGAUCUCAUUGUGGUUCUGUGAAAUUAGAGUGAGAGAUGGGAAAGCAAGAAGCCUGGCAGUUUAGGCACUAGUAACCUAAUAUUGGCUAGAUUGAAUCCUAGAAGCCAAGGUGAAAAAUGUGUUGUUCUGGCCUUGAGCAAGACACUUACCACUUACUGCUCCAGUAAGUCAUUCUGGAUUAAAGGGUCUGUUAAAUCAGUGUUUCCAAGCACUGCCCCUAAAGUAGCUACAACAGCGCACAUUUAUGUUGUAAACAAAACAUAACUGAUUCCACUUACUGAUUACCUGCUAAUCAGUUGACAGGUUGAAUCAAGUGUGCUUCUGUGUUGAGUACUGGAUUACCAAAGGUAGAAACCACUGUGCUUAAAGAAGUAUCUAAAGGCGCCCAGGUACAUUGUCUGAAACACCCAGGAACAGUUUCUGAAACUGGACAUGGAGGGAAUGUUCAGAUGAUGUCAAUUUAGCAAACUGUAUGACUGAUUUCUGAUUGGAGGAGCCAAGAGCAAUGUGUAGGGUGUGUGUGUAUGUGUGUGUGUGUGUGUGUGUGUGUGUGUAUAGGUAGGCACAUUUUAUGUCUGUGUAUAUUUGGUAAUCAAAAUAGUUACUAUUAAUAUAUGUUUUAUGUAGUUUUAGAGUUGGCCCAUUGGGCCCAUUAUAAAAGGACCCCUCCCCGGUCUCUGAUGAUGCCAUUGUGAGCCCACACCGGUCCAUUUGCCUGACUGAGCCUUUAGUAUAGUCAUGCUCAAAAGGGAUUUAUAAAAA